AUGGGCUCAUUCAAGGGACCGAGACAAAGAAAAGGAAAGGCACGGGGCCGGCUUUCGACGAAGCAGCACUCGCUCAACUCACCGAAAAAGCUCGACAAGACUCUCGCCGGCGCCGACACUGAUCAACAGCCGUCACCGAAGCGCAAGAGACCGAACACCACAGCCGAUGAUCGAGAUACAAAGAGACGCCAGAAAACUGUAGUGGACACGAAAGAAGGGCAACAGGACCGUUCCAGGAAAGACCAGUCCAACAAUACAACAAAGGAGGUUCUGCUGGAGGAAAUUUUGGCAUUGGGCGGAGACGAGGAUGAUCUUGAGCUUGUCGCCAAUAUCGAUUCCGACAACGAAGAUGGACCCGGCACGAAAUCUGCUUCGGCGCCCGAGAAGUCUCUGGAUAAGUCAUUCCAGGAUGACCCCGUUGACGAGGAACAAGACGAUGACGACGAGGAGGAGGAGAUUGAACAGAGCAAACAAGACGACAGCCAGGGUCAGGAGCAACCUCAAGCAACCCCUGCCAUGGUAAAAAGUGAGAGUACAACAACCGUUCAAGACGCCCCACGCGGGAAGCAAGGCAAGAACAAGCUGGUUUUCGAGCCCAGGCCUGACUGGCAUGGCCUCAACCUUGAGGGCCUACCUGCUUUCACACCGUCUGCCGACGUCAGGCAAUAUGCUUCAGCAAUCGCCAGCCUCAAAGCUUACGCGGAGGCCCUGUUGAAGGAGGACGCGGCAAAAUACAGUGCCCUCCAGGCCUCCAGCUCCACUCAGAAGUUCAUGUCAACGAUCAUGUCUUCCGGCACUUUGUCCGACAAGGUAUCUGCCUUAACCUUGUCGAUACAAGAGUCUCCCCUUCACAACCAGAAGGCUUUUGAAAACCUGAUCGGGUUGGCCGGCAAAAAAAGCCGUAGCCAGGCACUCGCUGCCCUGGGCGCUCUCGUCGAUCUGCUGGGCAAUGGCUCAGUUCUUCCAAGUAAUCGCCGUCUUCGUGCGUUCAACAUGCAACCCGCGUUGCUGGCCGCUUUACAGGAUCAAGCUGUGCUGCGUUGGGUUCAGGGCCAGAAGCUUCCUGCCAACCUCACUGACUCUCACUUGAUGAUGUGGGCAUAUGAAGACUGGCUCAAAUCAGCGUAUUUUCGCAUUAUCCAGCUCCUCGAAAUCUGGUCGGCUGAUCAGAUUGAGCACUCGAGAAUGCGUGCGCUGGAAUUCGUUUUCACUUUGCUCCGGGACAAGCCGGAACAAGAGGCCAAUCUGUUGCGACUUCUUGUUAACAAACUCGGUGAUCGCGAACGGAAAAUUGCAUCUCGAGCGUCAUACCUCCUCUUGCAGUUGCUGAACGUUCAUCCUGCGAUGAAAAGUGUUGUGAUCAGCACGGUAGAGCAAGAGGUUUUGCUCAAGCCAGGCCAGAGCUUGCGCACCAGAUACUAUGCCAUCAUCACCUUGAAUCAAACCAUCUUGAGCACUAAGGAGCCCGCUAUCGCAAACACACUACUCCGAAUUUACUUCGAAGCCUUCCUUUCCUUGCUCAAGACCGGCUCGUUGGGAAACCUGGAAGCGCUCAGUCCCGAGGAAAAGUUAGGCGGCAGCAACAGGAAAGCCAAGAAGGGCAAGCACAACCACACCGAGACCACUGCCAACGAGCAGGAUACGACACAAAAACUUGUUUCUGCACUGCUUACUGGCGUCAAUCGUGCGGUACCCUUCACUACCGCCGACGACGAGACCAUGGAAAAACACCUCGAUACCUUGUUUCGAAUUACCCACUCAUCGAACUUCAACACCAGCGUGCAAGCACUUAUGCUCAUCCAACAGCUCGCUGUGACGAAACAUCUUGCUGUUGACCGAUUCUAUCGGACAUUGUACGAAUCACUGCUGGAUCCCAGGCUCGUCACGUCAUCGAAGCAAGCACUGUACAUGAACCUACUCUUCCGUGCCUUGAAGAAUGAUGCCGACGUCCGGAGAGUGAAGGCUUUUGUCAAGAGAUUGGUUCAGGUGCUCAACCUGCACCAGCCGUCCUUUGCAUGCGGAGUGUUAUAUUUGAUUUCUGAGUUGGGGAACACGUUUCCUGACCUUCAAUCGUUGCUCACUGUGCCCGAGGACAACGAAGAUGACGUGGAGGCGUACAAAGAUGUCAAUGACGAUGCGGCUUUGCCUGAAGAUGCGCCAAGUUCCCGUCGUGCCGCCGGCUAUGAUGGACGAAAGAGAAACCCCGAGCAUAGCAAUGCGCACAGAAGCUGCUUGUGGGAGUUGACUCCCCUCCUGUCUCACUUCCAUCCAUCCGUUCAGGUAUAUGCCAGUAAUCUUCUUGCCCGUCAAAAGGGCCUGCCGAAGCCGGACCUGGCGAAUCAUAGCCUCAUGCAUUUCCUGGACAAGUUCGUCUACCGCAAUCCCAAGGUUACCGAAACCAAGCGCGGAAGCUCGAUCAUGCAGCCGGUCCUCGCUACCGGUGGCGCAUCCCAAACUGUCGUUUCCAGCAAAGAUGGCGCCAAGAAGCAGCCUUCUGUCAACACGGCCUCAUUCUGGAAUCUCAAGCCAGAACAGGUUUCCGCCGAAGAUGUUUUCUUCCACGAGUACUUUGCGCGUAUUGGCAAGCCUGGGGACAUGGCAAAGGGCAAGAAGGCGUCCAAGGAGAAGAGUGGUCCGGACGGCGAAGAGGAAGAGGAAGAAGCCGAAGACGAGAUCUGGGAAGCAUUGGUCAAUUCUCGACCCGAGGUGGAGGGCGACUUGGACGAAGACGAAUCUGACCUCGGGAUGGAUGGCUAUGAUGACUCGGACGAGGAGAUGGACACUGGCGACCUUGAUAUGGGUGACGCUCGUAACGACUCUGAGGGAUCUGACGAUGAUAUGCCAUUUGAAGGCAUCUUUGAUGAUUCGGAUGACUCGGAGGAAGAGGCAGCGGCGGAUGAGAGCGCUAGUGAGGAGGAUGCUUCGGCCUCGAAGAAGAAGGGCAGACUGAGCAGGAAGGAGAUGAGGGGUCUGCCAACAUUUGCCUCGGCGGAUGAUUACGCUGAGAUGCUGGCUGGCGAGGAUGGCCUAGCUGACGACUAG